AUUUUAUAUACAAAAUAUCUGUUUCCUAGGUUAUUUCGUACGUUAACACAUGCAAAUAAAUUCUUCGGAAACUGCUUCUGCUCUUCUGCCAUAUAUAUACAAGUGAGCUUGUAAAGAAAGAAAGAAAAGAGCUGGAGAAAGACAUCCAAACAAAUAAGUGAAAAUGGUGAGGCCCUGUUUUUUUGAUAAUAAUGGAAUGAAGAAAGGUGCUUGGAGUAAAGAAGAAGAUGAUAAGUUGAGGGCUUAUGUUCUGAGAUAUGGCCACUGGAAUUGGCGAUUGUUGCCCAAAUAUGCUGGUUUAGCAAGAUGUGGGAAGAGUUGCAGAUUACGAUGGGUGAAUUACUUGAAACCCGGUCUUAAACGGGGGAACUUCACUAAAGAGGAAGAGGAUCUUAUCGCGGAAUUACAUAACCAACUGGGGAACAAGUGGUCUGCCAUUGCUGCAAAUUUGACUGGAAGAACUGACAAUGAAAUAAAAAACUAUUGGCAUACUCACAUGAAGAGAUGCAAUAAACGAAAGGCAGCUGCAGCCCAAGUCACAGUACCACAGACUAUUGAAAACACACCUUCUCAAAUCCAAACCCCAAAAGAAUCGGAAAAAUUAAUGCUACUUCCCAAUACUGCCAAUUGGAUAGCAUGUGACACCACUUCCUUCGAUUCAAUUGCAGUUCCCCAAGAUAACUCCUUGCCCGAAACAUUUCCACCUAUUACAUAUAACGGUCAAACAAAUAUGUUUCCAGCCGUGCCCGACCCUUUUGAAUUAUCCAGUGAACUGAAUUUUAGUGAAUUAUCAUGCCCAGAUUUUUCUAUGCUGAAUGAUCUUUGCUGGGUUGGAGAUGAUAGUGUCAACUCUUCAGAUUCUGGAUUCCAGGGAAAUUUCGGGAUUGAACCCAGUGAAACUAAUUAUUUGUUACCAGUAGAGGAGGCAGGUCCUGUUUCUCCCCAUAUUUCGUACUUCGAUGAUUUCAUGGUGAAUAUGUUUUAGUAAGUAACAUGAGGAAUACAUGAGGAAGAAUCAUAGAAAACCUCGUUUAUGUAAACCAGAGGUGUUGCCAUAUGAGAUAGUAGAUUGUCCUCCGAUUUGAUAUGCAAUAGUAUAAUAAAUGUGUUGAUCAUUA